AUGUCGCAUUGUGACAUCGCCGCGACCGCUAUGUCACGUAACCGCACCACUCGGCCGAAAAACCUCACCCGCACCCAAUCGUCAGGCAGACACCGGGCGACGUACCCUUGGCAACGCCGCCGCAGCCGAUUCGUCUUAGCGUCGGCCAGUUUCGUCGGCCGCCGCCGUCAGUUUCAGUCAGUCAGUGAGAGUGCUUCGUUGAUGGCGCAGGCCAGGCGCUUGUGUUGUUCGCGGGCCGGCGGCGGCAGCGGAAGCGGGGGGGUGCCCUCCGUUCCCGCUACGGUAGGGGCCGCCCUCCUGCUGAGGGGCCCUGGGCCGCCGCCGAAGCGUCCCGACGCUCUGUUGGACGUCGCGGCUAAAGUCGUCGCCGAGAAUAUACCCUUCCAGAGGAUAGAGGAGCGGUACGACCGCAUUCCUGAGCCCGUGCAGAGGAGGAUCGUUUUUUGGUCGUUUCCGAGAAACGAAAGAGACAUUUGCAUGUAUUCGUCGUUGUCGCGAGUGCCGGCCGUCAAUUCGAACGGGGAGCCGCAAAAUUUGUCCUUCUGCAAGGGAUUGAAGCUGCUCGAAACGGGGUGUGUCGACGGAGUUCUACAAGUCGUGGACCAAGUUCGAGGUAUUCAGUUCGAUCACGUGAAAAGUCAAGUCUAUGUGAAACUGGUGUCGAAUAUUGUACUGCAAGCAACAUUGGCGAAGUUUGAACAGGGUCCUGCCCUUUUCGAAGACGAAGAUGGUAUCCACGAAGUUGGGGUUACAGAAGCAACGGACGAGAUAUUGGUUCGUGUUUAUGAUUUUCCAUUCGAAAUGCCAAACGAGAAAAUCAGAUGCGAGCUUUCCAAAUAUGGUACAGUGACUUCAAUAAGGAAUGAGUCAUGGAGGGGUGAAGGCAUGUAUGUAGUAGAAAGUGGAGUCAGACAAGUGAAGAUAAACAUGAAGAGACACAUACCAUCAUUUAUUCGGAUUGAUGGUACCACAUCCUUGGUAUCAUAUCCUAACCAGAUCCGAACAUGCAUGAUCUGUGAAGACCCUGGACACAUCAGAAGGGACUGUCCCAAACGACCAGUGAACAGAAUACAUGAAAUAAGACGCCCAAAUGUUCCGUAUAUAGUGCCUGAGCAAACACAUCAGCAGCAAUUGACUGUUGACAGCAUACCGCCAAUAGUCCCGAGUGUUAGAGAAGAAGUACAUGAAAUAACUGCAUGUACAGAAGAUGACAGUGAGAACUUAGACAGGGAGACAGUGACUGACGAAAUUCUUAAUGAACCGGAAAGGUUAUUAGAAGAAGGAAGUAAUCCAGAUUCAAUAGAGCCAGUUUUGGAUGUUGAAUCACACGACCGUAUUGAAGAACCGCAGUAUACCCCAGUUACGAGGAAGGAGAAGAAACAAAGAAAAAGAAAUUUAACGAAAAAUGAGCAGUCAACCAGUGAAGAAGAGAAGAAGGUUCCAAAGCUGAAGAUAAACCUGAAACAAAAAGAUGCAUUCAUGGAAUACGAGUACAACGAAGUUAGUAAGGACAGAGAGAAAAGUGGUAGGGGUGAGUCAGUUUUGCCAGAUUAUAGUGUGAACGAAUUUUAUUAA